CUACGCUGUUAACUUUAGUCUCAGGAGUUUACUUCGGCUAACUUGAACAAUUUUACGGCAGCUAUAAAUCAACUCACCAAAACGUGAAGAUACUGAAUGACAAAACAGUGGCUUUUUGCCAGGCAUGGCUACCCCACCGGAUGUUUUCAAAGCCACACCAGUGCAGGGCCUCCCAAAGUUUCCCGUCCUGCCCCCAAUUGGAGGGACGCAGCACCUGGGUGAUAUUGAGCAUGCCAUCGCAGUAAAGGAGGAGAUAGUGAAGAAGAUGGAGGCUCAGAAGAAGCUGCUGAGGCACAGGAAGAGCAAAGUGCAACAAGAGCAACUUCAUUUAAUGGUCUCUAGAGUAAUGAAGGAUUCCAGACACAGCAAGGACAGGAGAGUUGUGCGCAACCUGUCACCAGAGCCACAGUUUCCACCCUCUAUGCUUAGUGAGGAGCAGAAAAGAAGGAUGAACUACAUGUUCAUAAGGCAGUGCGUAGAGACCCGGCCAUUAGCUCCAAUCCAGCAGCAUUGGUUGGACUCCAUUGUUGCCCGAGUUCCCUCUAAACUUAGAAAGAGCCCAGAGACAAAUAAAUUACUACAGGAGCUCUGCAUGGAAGUCAGUGAUGAGUUCCGCAGUAUGAUGGUCAAACACACAGUAGGCACAGUAUUAUGUAAUCCACAGAUGGAAGGACAGAGCUCGGAAAAACAAUCAGAAAUUCUUGAUUUCUCCACGCCAUGGCAUGGUAGCUUCAUCAGAAACCGCAGGAUCAUAAAGGCACAUUUACAUAUUCUUCAUCCUGUAAUGCAAACUAUGUUGGAUAUUGGCUACACAACAUUUUCUCCACUGGUCCUAGUUGAUUUUUCAGGAUUCAGAGCAUCAGGGCCUGUGGACUGUAAGAGCCUUCAGAAUAAAAUGGCUGUCGAGUGUAAGAGGACAGAAGAUCGCAUCAUGAAUACCUGGUUUCCCAAAAUCAUCCACUUAUUAACAAACAAAGAAACACUGAAUGGAGUUAAAGAGCAGAAACUGGAUUCCUUCUACAAUUGUGCAUCCACUCUAAUAUCCAAUCAGUUGAAAUCCCUGCUUCACACAAGUGUGGAAGAGUUUGCUAGUGUGUUUCAUCCAAGCAAUCACCACUGCUUGCCAAUCUUUCGUAUGGCUUUGACAUUUGAUGAUGAAAAGAUGGAAAUUUACCCCACCUUACAAGAUCUGGAAUUGGCAGUUUUUGAAAUUCUUAAUGCCAUCACACAUACACUACAGAAGGUACAGACUGUCCAGUCUUGGUUGGCACAAACCACAUCUUCAUUUGUGGAUGCUACGGUGGCUGAUCACAUCCUUGCUCAAGCUCGGGUUACUGUGAAAGACGCUGUGCGCAAAAAUCUAGAAGAACCUGACAAACAUUUCCAGAGCUAUGUUGAGAGCUAUGACUGGCUUGCCAAUGGAACUGCACAGGCUCAAGUAAAGAAGUUUAUGGAAGAGGAACACUCUUUUGAUGAGUACACUAAGCAAGUGAAGGAGUUUCGUGCUCUGACAAAGGAGAUUGUCAGUCUCCCUUCAAAAGCCCGCUUCACAAUGGUCCAUCUGGACUGUGAAGAGCUGAAACAAGGGCUGGCCAACAAAGCCAAAACCUAUGCUGAAAUGCUUCUGAAUAAACUGGUCACCAGCCACCGUGAGCUAAAUCUACAGAUUUGCAAUGAGUUUGAAACCAUCAGAGAGAAAGCUCUUAAGGUCCCAGAGAAUACAGAGCAAAUGGCUGAGAUGGAUGAAUAUAUAAAUUUCACUAAGACAAAGGGUUCUGCAGAACUUACUGAAAAAAUAAAGGAAGCCCACUGCAGACUUGACUAUCUCCUGAAUGCCCACAUCAUUGAUCCUGAAGAUCUGGAGCUUAAUUCAACAGUUUUUCUCUGGCCAAAAAACAUCCUUGAUGUAUUUGAACUCAGUGAUGAGGUGAUGCAGAAGGCCAAGAAGGAAGGGGAGCAAGAACUAAAUGCUAAGAGAGAACAAUUAAUUGUGCAGCUGGAAAAAUUGGGACACAGGAUAGAAGAGUUCCCAUAUUGCUCUGAGCUGGAUAUGAUGCAGCAGUAUGUUGCAGAUGUCAGAUUAGUACAGAAACUUCUCCAGGAGGUGGAAGACAAUAUUGUCCUCAUUAACAAAGAGGAGGCCUUCCACAAAAUGGAACCAACAAGUUACCCAGAAGUUCUCGUCAUCAAGGAGAGUACUGAGCCGUACCAGAAGCUGUUUGGAUUUGUCCUGAAGUGGCAGCACACAGAAAAUGGAUGGAUGAAUGGUUCAUUCCAGGACUUGAAUGGCGAGACCAUGGAGGUAAAAGUGGAUGAAUUCUUUCGGGAGGGUUUCAAGAUGCUUAAGUUUUUCCAACAGAAACAGAAUAAGGCUGCACAAGAGAUGGAGAAGAUUUCGGGGACUAAGAGAAAACCUAGUGAGGAUGACCCAAAGAAGCAGGAGAGCCCCACAAUAACUCUGUGUUCCACCAUAAUGGAACAGAUCAAAGAGUUCAAGGAGCAUAUCCCUCUAGUGUCCAUCUUGUGUAACCCAGGUAUCAGAACCCGCCACUGGGACCAGAUGUCAGCGAUAGUUGGGUAUAACCUUAAUCCUGAGUCUGGCACAACCCUACAGAAAGUUCUCAAACAAAACUUUGCUCCUUACCUGAACGAAUUUGAAUCCAUCAGUGCUGCUGCUAGUAAAGAGUUUGCGCUGGAAAAGGCUAUGCAAGCCAUGGUACAUGUUUGGGAUGAAACUUCCUUCCACCAUCAACCUUACAGGGAGACUGGGGUGUCCGUCUUGACAGCCUUGGAUGAUAUUCAGACAGUGUUAAAUGACCAAAUUGUGAAGACUCAGACUAUGAGAGGCUCGCCAUUCAUUAAACCCUUUGAAAAUGCAAUCAAGUCGUGGGAGGAGCGUCUGCUUCGUAUCCAGGAUACCAUAGAUGAGUGGCUGAAAGUGCAGUCCCAGUGGCUUUAUCUGGAGCCCAUCUUCUCAUCUCAGGACAUCAUGCAGCAGAUUCCAGAAGAGGGACGACUUUUCCAAACUGUUGACAGAAACUGGAGAGAGGUCAUGAGACACUGUGUUAAGGACCCUAAGAUUCUGCCAGCAACCUCGCUACCUGGUUUGCUAGAGAAACUGCAAGAUUCCAGUGCCCUCCUUGAUAACAUUAUGAAGGGUUUAAAUUCCUAUCUGGAGAAGAAACGUCUCUUUUUUCCUCGGUUCUUCUUCUUGUCUAAUGAUGAAAUGUUGGAGAUUCUAUCUGAGACCAAGGACCCACUGCGAGUUCAACCACAUCUGAAGAAGUGCUUUGAGGGUAUUUCUAAAUUGGACUUCCUACCCAAUUUGGACAUCCAGGCAAGGCAGUGACACAUAUUGCUAUUGUUAAAUGACACUGUGUGUUGAUUAUGUGGUAUUAAACUGCACAUUGUUCUUGCCUAGGCCAUGUAUAGCAGUGAGGGGGAGCGUGUUCCACUAAUCCAGCACAUCUCUACUUCUGAAGCCAAAGGAGCUGUGGAGAAGUGGCUGGUUCAGGUGGAGGAUGUGAUGCUUCGUAGUGUCAGAGAUGUAAUAGCCCGGUCCAGAGUGGCCUACGCUCAGACUGCAAGGAACCAGUGGGUCAAGGAGUGGCCUGGGCAGGUGGUGCUCUGCACUUCACAGAUUUUCUGGACUUUGGAGGUUCAUGAGGCCAUCAGUGCAGGGGCUGAUGGUUUAAAGAACUACUAUAAGCAACUCCAGAGUCAGCUGAAUGACAUUGUAGAGCUGGUGAGGGGAAAGCUUCCCAAGCAAACACGGAUUACUUUGGGAGCACUGGUCACAAUCGAUGUCCAUGCCAGGGAUGUAGUCAUGGAGCUUAUUGAGAAAGGUGUGUCACAUGAAACUGACUUCCAAUGGCUCGCCCAGCUACGUUACUACUGGAGCAAUGACAAUGUUCGUGUUCGCAUAAUCAAUUGUGAUGUUAAGUACGCCUAUGAGUACCUGGGGAACUCUCCACGUCUGGUCAUCACCCCUCUGACUGACCGAUGCUACCGAACGCUGAUCGGAGCUUUCUACUUGAACUUGGGUGGUGCACCUGAGGGUCCAGCUGGAACAGGGAAGACAGAAACCACCAAGGAUCUAGCAAAAGCUCUUGCUGUACAGUGUGUGGUCUUUAACUGUUCAGACGGACUGGAUUAUCUCGCUAUGGGAAAAUUUUUUAAAGGUCUAGCUUCAUCUGGUGCGUGGGCAUGCUUUGAUGAAUUCAACCGUAUUGAGCUGGAGGUGCUGUCUGUAGUGGCUCAGCAAGUUCUCUGCAUCCAGAGAGCCAUUGAGCUGAAGCUGGAGUACUUUGACUUUGAAGGAACCAUGCUUAAACUCAAUCCCAACUGCUUUGUGUCCAUAACAAUGAACCCUGGUUAUGCAGGACGCUCAGAACUCCCAGACAAUCUCAAGGUGUUGUUCCGAACAGUGGCCAUGAUGGUCCCCAACUAUGCACUGAUUGCAGAGAUCUCUUUGUAUUCAUACGGCUUCCUCAAUGCCAAACCACUCUCAGUGAAGAUAGUGAUGACCUACAGGCUUUGUUCAGAACAACUCUCCUCUCAGUUCCAUUAUGAUUAUGGCAUGAGGGCUGUCAAAGCAGUGCUUGUAGCUGCAGGAAACCUCAAGCUCAAGUAUCCGGAUGAGAAUGAGGACAUUCUGCUCCUGAGAUCCAUAAAGGACGUUAAUGAGCCCAAGUUUCUCUCUCAUGAUAUUCCGCUGUUCAAUGGAAUCACCAGCGAUUUGUUCCCAGGCAUCUCCCUUCCAAAGGCUGACUAUAAGCUGUUUCUAGAGGCUGCCGAAGAGUGCUGUAAAAAUCACAACGUACAGCCAACAGAGGUCUUCUUACAAAAGAUGAUCCAGACAUAUGAGAUGAUGAUAGUUAGACAUGGGUUCAUGCUGGUGGGAGAGCCCUUUGCUGGAAAGACUAAAGUGCUACACGUUCUAGCUGAUGCUCUGACUCUCAUGAAUGAGAGUGGGGAUGGUCUGGAGGAGAAGGUCAUCUUCAGGACAUUGAACCCAAAGUCCAUUACCAUGGGGCAGCUCUUUGGACAGUUUGACCCGGUUUCCCAUGAGUGGACAGACGGAAUUGUUGCCAACACAUUUCGUGAGUUUGCGUCAGCUGACACGCCAUACCGCAAAUGGGUGGUGUUUGAUGGUCCUAUAGAUACACUGUGGAUUGAAAGCAUGAACACUGUGCUGGACGACAACAAAAAGUUGUGCCUGAUGAGUGGUGAGAUCAUUCAGAUGUCCAGUCAGAUGAGUCUCAUUUUUGAAGCAAUGGAUCUCUCACAGGCUUCUCCUGCUACAGUCAGUCGAUGUGGUAUGAUCUACAUGGAGCCAUCUCAGCUGGGCUGGAAUCCCUUGGUGAUCUCCUGGAUGAACACUCUUCCUGAUGCUCUGCAAACUGCUGACUGUCGCUCCCUGCUGCUGGAGCUCUUCCACUGGCUCGUGCCACCUGCCCUUACGAUGCUGCGUAAACACUGCAGAGAAGUUGUUUCCACUAGUGACAGUAACACUGUGCUGUCCUUGUGCCGACUCUUUGAGAUGCUGCUCACUGAACCUGUGAAAACAGAACCUGGGGAUAAAAAUAUUCGCACUUGGAUCAUGGCAGCCUUUGCAUUCUCCCUGGUGUGGUCUGUGGGUGGCAGCUGUGACGCAGACAGCAGAGAGAAGUUCAGUGAGUUCUUCAGGGUGAUGGUUUCAGGAAAAACAAAAGAACAUCAGAUCCCUGAAACAGUGGGAAAAUGGGAGUGUCCAAUAGAUGAGAAAGGCCUGGUCUAUGACUAUUUUUAUGAGUUUAAAGGAAAAGGCAACUGGGUUCACUGGAAUGAUGCCAUUAAAAGUGUCAACCUGGGAGACAAAAACACCAAAGUGCAAGAGAUCAUUGUACCUACCAUUGACACAGUUCGCUACACCUACUUGAUGGACCUCUGCAUCAGCUAUGGAACCCCUUCCCUGUUCGUUGGUCCUACUGGCACUGGGAAGUCACUAUAUGUAAAGGAGAAACUGAUGAACAAUCUGGACAAAGAUUGCUAUCUGCCCUUCUUUAUCAAUUUUUCAGCACGCACUAGUGCAAACCAAACCCAGAAUAUCAUCAUGUCCAGGUUAGAUAAGAGAAGGAAGGGGGUAUUUGGGCCCCCCAUAGGAAAAAAGUGUGUCAUCUUUGUAGAUGACAUGAACAUGCCAGCACUGGAACAGUUUGGAGCACAGCCUCCUGUGGAGCUUCUUCGACAGUACAUAGACCAUGGAAACUGGUAUGACCUGAAGGAUACCUCCGGGAUCACUCUUGUUGACCUCCAGCUCAUCUCAGCUAUGGGUCCCCCUGGUGGUGGAAGAAAUGCCGUAACAUCUCGCUUCUUGCGGCAUUUUAACAUUUUUAGCAUUAAUGCCUUCAGUGAUGACACCAUGGUUUGCAUUUUCUCCAACAUUGUUGCCUUCUAUCUCAAAAAUAAUGAAUUUCCGCCUGAAUAUUUCACUGUUGGCAGCCAAAUAGUGACAGCCACAAUGGAAGUGUAUAAGAGAGCAAUGGAGAACCUGCUUCCAACUCCAGCCAAGUCUCACUACACCUUCAACCUACGGGACUUCUCACGUGUUAUUCAAGGUUGUCUGCUGCUGAAGAAGGAAUCUCUGGAGAACAAACGCACUGUGAUACGGCUGUUUGUCCAUGAGGUCUUCCGUGUCUAUUAUGACCGCCUGGUGGAUGAUAAAGAUCGAGCAUGGCUCUACAAGCUGAUGAAUAGCAUCCUCAAAGAUCACUUUAAAGAGUCCUUUGACCAGGUCUUUGACCACCUGAAACAAGGCAGUAAACUUGUUGAGGAAGACAUGCGAAAUCUUCUGUUUGGUGAUUAUAUGAACCCUGAGCUGGAAGAUGAUGAGCGCUUGUACACUGAGGUGCCCUCAAUGGAUACCUUUGCUCAGGUGGUAGAGUCAUGUCUUGACGAAUACAACCAGAUGCACAAAAAUCGAAUGCACCUCGUCAUCUUCCGCUAUGUCUUGGAGCACCUGUCCCGUAUCAGUCGUGUAUUAAAGCAGCCAGGAGGCAACGCCCUGCUAGUGGGAGUGGGAGGCAGUGGACGCCAGUCCAUCACCCGCCUGGCCACGUCUAUGGCCCACAUGACCAUGUUCCAGCCUGAGAUCUCUAAGAGCUAUGGCAUGACUGAGUGGAGAGAUGACCUCAAGAUGCUGCUGAAAAAUGCUGGGGUGAAAGGACAGAAAACCGUGUUUUUGGUAACUGAUGCUCAGAUUAAAGAUGAGGCCUUUCUAGAAGAUGUGGACAGCGUCUUGAAUACCGGAGAGGUGCCCAAUUUGUUUGCCAUCGACGAAAAACAAGAGAUCAUGGAGUCAUUACGUCCCAUAGCCCAGGCUGGUAAUAAGAGUUUGGAGUUGAGCCCUUUGACCCUGUUUGCCUUCUUCGUGGCACGCUGUAGAGAGAACCUGCAUAUUGUUGUGGCCUUCAGUCCCAUUGGAGAUGCCUUUCGAAAUCGCCUCCGCCAAUUUCCAUCUCUUAUUAACUGCUGUACCAUUGACUGGUACCAGCCAUGGCCAGAGGAAGCUCUUGAGCGAGUAGCUAACUCCUUCCUGGAGUCACUGGAGAUGAGUGAAAACGAGAGGCGGGAGGUCAUACCCAUCUGUAAAACAUUUCAUACAUUUGUCAAACAGCUCUCACAGAGAUUCCUCUCUGAGCUAGGUCGACAUAAUUAUGUGACUCCCACAUCCUACCUGGAGCUGAUUGCAGCAUUCCGUCUACUACUCACUCAGAAAAGACAAACUGUUAUGAAGGCAAAACAGAGGUAUACCGAUGGUCUGGAUAAACUAGCCUUCGCUGAAUCUCAGGUGAAUGAGAUGAAAAAGGAACUAGUAGACCUACAACCCAAACUGGAACAGGCAAAGAUUGACAACACCAAAAUGAUGAAGGUAAUUGAAGUGGAGUCUGUGGAGGUGGAAGCCAAGAGUAAAAUUGUGCGUGUUGAUGAGGAGGCGGCAACUGUAGAAGCAAAUGAGGCUCGGGCACUAAAGAAUGAGUGUGAGAGUGACUUGGCUGAAGCUAUUCCUGCCCUGGAGGCUGCUCUCUCUGCUUUAAACACUUUAAAGCCCUCUGAUGUUACAAUUGUGAAAGCGAUGAAAAAUCCCCCAUCAGGGGUAAAGCUGGUGAUGGCAGCUGUAUGCGUGAUGAAGGAUCUAAAGCCAGAUAAGAUACCUGACCCAGCUGGGACUGGCAAAAAGAUUUUUGACUUCUGGGGUCCAAGCAAGAAGCUACUGGGUGAUAUGAACUUUUUACGAGAUCUUAAAGAAUAUGACAAAGACAAUAUUCCUGUCCCCGUGAUGCAAAAAAUUCGUAGUGAGUACAUGACUAAUCCUGACUUUGACCCCAGUGUCGUGGUAAAAGCCUCCUCUGCAGCAGAGGGUCUGUGCAAAUGGAUCAAAGCAAUGGAGGUGUAUGACAGGGUGGCAAAGGUCGUAGCCCCUAAGAAGGCCAACCUUGCAGAGGCACAGGAGUCCCUAGCUGCUACCAUGGCCCUGUUGGACCAGAAAAGGGCUGAAUUAAAGGAGGUUGAGGACCGCUUGGCUGCCCUCCAGAAAACUUUUGAGGAGAAAACAGAGGAGAAGGCCCAGUUAGAGUUCCAGGUGGAUUUGUGUGCCAGGAAGCUGGAGAGGGCAGAAAAACUAAUUGGCGGUCUUGGUGGGGAGAAGACCAGAUGGUCUGAAGCAGCAGAUGACCUGCAAAACACAUAUGACAACUUGACUGGAGAUGUUCUUAUCUCUGCUGGUGUUAUUGCAUACUUGGGGGCUUUCACUGCCGGCUUCAGACAGGACUGCACCAAGCUAUGGACCAAACUCUGCCAAUCUAAGAACAUUCCAUCGUCAGAUGACUUCUCUCUCAGUAAAACCCUGGGAGAUCCUAUUAAGAUCAGAGCUUGGAACAUUGCAGGCCUUCCCAGUGACUCUUUCUCUAUCGACAAUGGUGUCAUUGUCAGCAGUUCACGUAGAUGGCCUUUGAUGAUUGAUCCCCAGGGUCAAGCCAACAAAUGGGUAAAGAAUUCUGAGAAAGAUAACAACCUGAGUGUAAUCAAGUUAACAGAUGGGGACUACAUGAGAACUCUGGAAAACUGUAUUCAGUUUGGAACACCCUUGUUGCUGGAAAAUGUAGGGGAAGAGCUGGACCCUUCUCUGGAACCACUGCUGCUCAAACAAACCUUCAAACAAGGUGGUGUGGAUUGCAUCAGGCUUGGGGAAAGUGUGAUUGAGUACUCCAGUAAUUUCCGUUUCUACAUCACCACAAAACUCAGGAACCCCCACUACCUGCCAGAACUGGCUACCAAAGUGUCUCUGCUCAAUUUCAUGAUAACUCCAGAGGGCUUGGAGGACCAGCUGCUGGGGAUUGUAGUGGCCAAGGAGAGGCCAGAACUGGAAGAGGAGAGAAAUGCAUUAAUCCUGCAGUCAGCGGCCAAUAAGAGGCGACUAAAGGAGAUUGAAGACGAGAUCCUGGAGACCCUGCAGUCCUCUGAGGGGAAUAUUCUGGAGGAUGAAUGUGCCAUUCAGAUUUUAGACUCAGCAAAGCUCAUGUCCAAUGAGAUUACAAAGAAACAGCAGAUUGCAGAGAAGACAGAGAUCAAGAUAGCAGAGUCCAGAGAGGGUUACAGAGCUAUUGCCAAACACUCAUCCAUCCUGUUCUUCAGUAUUGCUGAUCUGACCAGCAUAGACCCCAUGUACCAGUAUUCGCUCAGCUGGUUUGUCAACCUCUACAUUAAUUCUAUACAAAACAGUAACAAGUCCAAGAUUCUGGAGAGGAGGCUUCAGCACCUAAUUGAUCAUUUCACCUAUAACCUGUACUGCAACGUCUGUCGUUCUCUGUUUGAGAAGGACAAACUUCUCUUCUCAUUCCUUCUUUGCUGCAAGCUACUACUAGCAAAAGAGGAGAUAGAAUACUCUGAUUUCAUGUUCUUGCUGACUGGGGGAGUGGGCCUGCAGAACACCAUUGCUAACCCUGACCCCAGCUGGUUACAGGACAAGAGCUGGGAUGAAAUCUGCAGAGCCAAUGAACUACCUGGCUUACAAGGAAUAAAAGAGGCUUUCAUCAAGAGCCUAGGAGACUUCAAGCCCAUUUAUGACAGUAAAGAGCCAUGCAAUGUUGCUCUGCCUGCACCAUGGUGUGAAAAACUCAAUGACCUGCAGAAGAUGAUCAUUGUUCGCUGUCUGCGGCCUGACAAGAUAGUCCCAGCUGUGACUAAAUAUGUGACCGGGAGUCUGGGGAAGAGAUUUGUCCAGCCUCCUCCCUUUGACCUCAGCAAGAGCUAUCUGGACUCCAACUGCACCACCCCACUUGUGUUUGUGCUGUCUCCAGGAGCUGAUCCAAUGGCUAGCUUACUGAAGUUUGCCAGUGACAAGAACAUGGGUGGUGCCAAGUUCCAGUCAAUCUCUCUGGGUCAGGGCCAGGGGCCCAUUGCUGCUAAGAUGAUAUCCACAGCCAUGCAGGAUGGAACAUGGGUGUGUUUGCAGAACUGUCACCUCGCCGUUUCCUGGAUGUCCACUCUAGAGAAAAUUUGUGAGGACUUCAGUCUUGCAACAUGCCACCAGGACUUCCGCCUCUGGCUCACAAGCUACCCUUCAUCCAAGUUUCCAGUGACCAUCCUGCAGAAUGGAGUGAAAAUGACAAAUGAGCCUCCUACAGGACUCCGGCUCAACCUGCUACAAUCUUACUUGUCGGAUCCUGUUUCUGAUCCAGACUUCUUCAAUAACUGUCCCAAUAAGGAGAUGAUUUGGGAGAAGCUCCUCUAUGGAUUGUGCUUCUUCCAUGCUCUUGUUCAGGAGAGGAAAAAGUUUGGUCCACUAGGCUGGAAUAUUCCUUAUGGUUUCAACGAUUCUGACCUCCGUAUAAGUAUCAGACAGUUACAGCUAUUUGUGAAUGAAUAUGAUGAGGUGCCGUUGGAAGCCAUAACGUAUCUGACUGGGGAGUGUAACUAUGGUGGACGCGUGACAGAUGACUGGGAUAGGCGGCUCUUGAUGACAAUCUUGGCUGACUUUUACAACAAGGACAUCAUUGUAACGUUUCGUUACCCUUUUUCACCUAGUGGAGAAUAUUUUUCCCCACCUAAAUCAGCCUAUGACGACUAUGUUCUCUUUAUCAAGGAACUUCCAUUCAGUCAGCAUCCAGAGGUGUUUGGGAUGCAUGAAAAUGUUGACAUUUCUAAAGACUUGCAGCAGACCAAAGUGCUGUUUGAUUCGCUGCUGCUUACCCAGGGUGGAGGGGCAAAAGGAGGGGCUACCUCUGGGAGCGAUAACACCCUGUACGAUAUUGCGAAUGACAUCCUUACCAAGCUACCAGUCAAUUUUGACACAGAAGCAGCUCUGUUGAAGUUUCCAGUGCUGUACGAAGAAAGUAUGAACACGGUCCUCGUCCAAGAGAUGGAGCGAUACAAUGUGUUGUGUAGUACGAUUCGUGUGAGUCUCCAGAACCUGUUGAAGGCUAUUAAGGGCUUGGUGGUGAUGGAUGCAGAGCUUGAGGCGGUUGCAGGCAGUUUGAUGGUGGGGAAGGUUCCAGAAAAAUGGGCCAAGCGCUCUUACCCAAGCCUGAAGCCCCUGGGCAGUUACAUUACCGACUUUCUCUCAAGGCUCAAGUUUUUGCAAGUUUGGUAUGACACCAGUAAGCCCAGUGUGUUCUGGCUGUCUGGCUUCUUCUUCACUCAAGCCUUCCUUACUGGGGCUAUGCAGAACUAUGCCAGGAAAUACCAGAUCCCCAUUGACCUGCUAGGCUUUGAUUUUGAGGUUCUUCCAAUUGAUGAGUCAAACACAGCACCUGAGGAUGGCGUUUACAUUAAUGGAUUGUUUCUGGAUGGAGCUCGAUGGGACAAAAUAAGUGGUGCUCUGGCUGAGCAGCUCCCCAAAGUCCUAUUUGACUUGAUGCCCAUCAUCUGGAUAAAACCUACUGAAAAGAAAAGCAGCGAUCAGCCUAAGAAACUGUAUGUUUGUCCUCUCUACAAGACCAGUGAGAGGAAGGGCACACUGUCUACCACCGGCCACUCCACCAAUUUUGUCAUUUCCAUGAUGUUGCCCAUCGACAAGCGUCCGCAACACUGGAUUAAGCGCGGUGUAGCCCUGCUCUGCCAGCUUGAUGACUGA